CCUGCCGAGCCACCAUGGGGCUGCCACUGGCCUGCCUAGUGGCCCUCUGCCUGGCCCUGACCCCGGCCAGGAGUGUGGAGCUGCGGAGAGAGGGCAGAACCCGAAACCACGGCCACAAUGUCUGCAGCACCUGGGGCGACUUCCACUACAAGACCUUCGACGGGGACGUCUACCGCUUCCCUGGCCUCUGCGACUACAACCUGGCCUCCGACUGCCGCAGCUCCUACAAGGAGUUCGCCGUGCACGUGAAACGCAGCCCGGGUCGCGGCGGGGGCCACCCUCAGUUCCAGCACAUCCUGCUGAUGAUCAAAGACGACACCAUCUACCUCACCCACCAGCUGGUCGUGGUGAACGGGGCCAUUGUCACCACCCCGCACUACAGCUCUGGGCUGCUCAUCGAGAAGAAUGACGCUUACACGAAGGUCUUCUCCCGUGCUGGCCUCAGCCUCAUAUGGAACCGUGAGGACUCGCUCAUGCUGGAGCUGGACAGUAAGUUCCGGAACCACACUUGUGGCCUCUGUGGUGACUACAACGGCCUCCAGAACUACUCUGAGUUUCUCUCUGACGGCGUACUGUUCAGUGCCAUCGAGUUUGGGAACAUGCAGAAGAUCAUCAAGCCUGAGGAGGUGUGCGAUGACCCCGAGGACGUGCCAGCCCCCAAGUCCUGCUCUGAGCACCGUGCUGAGUGUGAGGAGCUGCUGACAGCCAUGGCCUUCGAGGAGUGCCUGGGCCUGGUGCCGCUGGAGCCGUACGUGCAGACCUGCAUGCAGGACCGCUGCCAGUGCCCGCCGGGGGCCUCCUGCAUGUGCAGCACCAUCGCUGAGUUCUCCCGCCAGUGUUCCCACGCUGGUGGCCGGCCAGGGAACUGGAGGACUGCCACGCUCUGCCCCAAGAGCUGCCCCGGGAACAUGGUCUACAUGGAGAGUGGCUCACCCUGCAUGGACACCUGCUCACACCUGGAGAUCAGCAGCCUGUGUGAGGAGCACCGCAUGGAUGGUUGUUUCUGCCCAGAAGGCACUGUGUACGAUGACAUGGCGGGCAAGGGCUGCAUCCCUGUGAGCCAGUGCCACUGCAAGCUGCACGGACACCUGUACGCACCCGGCCAGAAGGUCACCAACAACUGCGAGCACUGCGUCUGCAACGCCGGCCGCUGGGUGUGCAAAGACCUUCCGUGUCCCGGCACCUGUGCCCUGGAGGGCGGGUCCCACAUCACCACCUUCGACGGGAAGAAGUAUACCUUCCACGGGGACUGUUACUACGUGCUGACCAAGGAUGAACACAACGACUCCUAUGCCCUCCUGGGCGAGCUGGCCCCCUGCGGCUCCACGGACAAGCAGACCUGCCUGAAGACGGUGGUGCUGCUGGCGGACAAGAAGAAGAAUGUGGUGGCCUUCAAGUCGGAUGGCAGCGUGCUGCUGAAUGAGCUGCAGGUGAAUCUUCCUCACGUGACAGCCAGCUUCUCCAUCUUCCAACCGUCCUCCUACCACCUGGUGGUGAGCACCACCUUCGGCCUGAGGCUGCAGGUCCAGUUGGUGCCGGUCAUGCAGCUCUUCCUGACGCUGGACCAGGCCUCCCAGGGGCGUGUGCAGGGCCUCUGCGGGAACUUCAACGGCCAGGAGAGCGACGACUUCAAGACAGCGGGCGGGCUGGUGGAGGCCACGGGGGCCGGCUUUGCCAACACCUGGAAGGCCCAGUCCAACUGCCACGACAAGCUGGACUGGCUGGACGACCCCUGCUCCCUCAACAUCGAGAGCGCCAACUACGCCGAGCACUGGUGCUCCCUGCUGAAGAAGACGGAGAGCCCCUUUGGCAGGUGCCACUCCGCCGUGGACCCAGCCGAGUAUUACAAGAGGUGCAGAUACGACACGUGCAACUGCCAGAACAACGAGGAUUGCAUGUGUGCGGCCCUGUCCUCCUACGCCCGCGCCUGUGCCACCAAGGGCGUCAUGCUGUGGGGCUGGCGGGAGCUCGUCUGCAACAAGGACGUGGGCUCGUGCCCCAAGUCACAGGUCUUCCUCUACAACCUGACCACCUGCCAGCAGACCUGCCGCUCGCUCUCCGAGCCUGACAGCCACUGCCUCAAGGGCUUUGCGCCCGUGGACGGCUGCGGCUGCCCCGACCACACCUUCCUGGACGAGAAGGGCCGCUGUGUGCCGCUGGCCAAGUGCUCCUGUUACCACCGGGGCCUCUACCUGGAGGCAGGGGAAGUGGUCCUGAAACAGGAGGAGCGAUGCGUCUGCCGGAACGGGAGGCUUCACUGCACCCAAGUCAAGCUGCUCGGCCAGAGCUGCGCGGCCCCAAAGAUUCAUGUUGACUGCAACAACCUGACCGCACUGUCCAUCCGGAACCCCCGCCCUGUCAGCUGCCAGACGCUGGCUGCCGGCUACUACCACACAGAGUGCAUUAGCGGCUGCGUGUGCCCCGAGGGGCAGAUGGAUGACGGCCGUGGGGGCUGUGUCGUGGAGAAGGAGUGUCCCUGUAUGCACAACAAGCAUCUGUAUAACCCCGGGGACAAGAUCAAGGUGGACUGUAACACCUGCACCUGCCAGAAAGGGCGCUGGGCUUGCACCCAGACUGGGUGCCACGGCACCUGUACCAUCUAUGGGAGCGGCCACUACAUCACCUUUGACGGGAAGCAGUACGACUUCGAUGGACACUGCUCCUAUGUGGCCACUCAGGACUACUGUGGCCAGAACUCCUCGCUGGGUUCCUUCAGCAUCAUCACCGAGAAUGUCCCCUGCGGCACUACGGGUGUCACCUGCUCCAAAGCCAUCAAGAUCUUCAUAGGGAGGACGGAGCUGAAGCUGGAGGACAAGCACCGCAUGGUGAUCCAGCGUGACGUAGGCCAUCGCGUGGGCUACACCACGCGGGACGUGGGCCAGUACCUGGUGGUGGAGACCAGCACCGGCAUCAUCGUCAUCUGGGACAAGCGGACCACCAUCUUCAUCAAGCUGGCCCCCUCCUACAAGGGCAGCGUGUGCGGCCUGUGCGGGAACUUCGACCAGCGCUCCAACAAUGACUUCACCACACGGGACAACAUGGUGGUGGAGAGUGAACUGGACUUCGGGAACAGCUGGAAGGAGGCCCCCACCUGCCCGGAUGUGACCACCACCCCCGAACCCUGCGUCAAGAACCCCCACCGCCAGGCCUGGGCCGAGAAGCAGUGCAGCAUCAUCAAGAGCCCUGUCUUUAGCAUCUGCCACAGCAAGGUGGACCCCAAGCCCUUCUACGAGGCCUGCGUCCACGACUCCUGCUCCUGCGACACCGGUGGGGACUGUGAGUGCUUCUGCUCUGCUGUGGCCGCCUACGCCCAGGAGUGCACCAAGGAGGAGGCUUGCGUGUACUGGAGGACGCCCGACCUGUGCCCCGUAUUCUGCGACUACUACAACCCUCCAGACGAAUGUGAGUGGCACUAUGAGCCUUGCGGGAACCGCAGCUUUGAGACCUGCAGAACCAUCAACGGCAUCCAUUCUAACAUCUCUGUGUCCUACCUGGAGGGCUGCUACCCACGCUGCCCUGCGGACAGGCCCAUCUACAACGAGGACCUGAAGAAAUGUGUCACGAGCAAUGAGUGCGGCUGCUAUCACGAGGGCAUCCUCUACCCGCCUGGAGCAUCUGUUCCUCCCAGGAAUGAAUGCGAGUCUUGCGUGUGCAUUAACUCCUCGCUAACUCUCUGCCAGCCAGAGGAAGGGAAGAUUCUCAAUUACACGCAGGACGGCUCCUUCUGCUACUGGGAGAUCUGUGGCCCCAACGCGACGGUGGAGAAGCACUUCAACAUCUGCAUGUCCACCUUACCACCCUUCUCCUCCCCGACACCUACCACCACAACCACCACCUGCACCACCACGCCCACCACCACCACCCCAACCCCCAGCACAGUUUCGUCUGUUCCUUCAACAACUCCGGAGCUGUGUUGCUUCUGGUCUGAUUGGAUCAACAACGAUGACCCGAAUACCGGCAAUAAUGCAGGCGACAAAGAGACGUUCGACAGUGUCUGCCAGGCCCCCGAGGACAUCCAGUGCAGGUCGGCCAAAGAGCCCGGGCUCAGCUUGGAGGAACUGGGUCAGAAGGUCCAGUGCAACGUCUCGUUUGGGUUCAUUUGCAAAAAUGAAGACCAGUUUGGAAACGGACCAUUUGACCACUGCUAUGACUAUGAGAUACGUGUGAAGUGUUGCCUGCCAAUGGAUCAAUGUCCUUCGAGCCCAGCCUCAACCCCCACCCCCACCACGGUGAGGACCACCCCUGAACCAACUACCAUCACAACAGAGACACCAACCCCGACCCCCGUCAUCACCACCACCACCACAGUGACCCCGACCACAACACCCACCAUCAUAACAGAGACCUCAACCCCGACCCCACCACCUACCACCACAGUGACUGCCACAUCUACCACCUCGCCAACAUCCACCCCAGAACCAACGACCACAGUGACGACUACUACGACCACAUCCACUACUACGCCAGUGACCCCUACAACUGUGACCACCGAGCCGACAACCACUCAGUGUGCGGAUGACUGCAAAUGGACAGGCUGGCUGGAUUCCGGUAAACCCAGCUUUACCAAACCAGGUGGAGACUUUGAAUCCAUCAAGAAUGUCUGUGAGCCAGGCUGGGCAGCCAACAUCUCCUGUAGAGCUUCUCAGUUUCCCAAUAUUCCCAUCGAAAAUCUUGGACAAACUGUGGUGUGCGACCUCUCAGUUGGACUGGUGUGCAAAAACCAAGACCAGAAGCCAGGAGGAGUCGUGCCCCAGCCCUACUGCCUCAACUAUGAGAUCAACGUCUACUGCUGUAAUAGGUACUGUGCCUCCACCCCCACCCCCACGACCACCACCACCACAGAGACACCAACUACGACAGUGACCCCAACCACCACACCCAUCAUCACCUCAUCGGAGACCCCAACCCCGACCCCCAUCACCACCACUACCACGACCACCACAGAGACCCCAACCCCAACACCCACCAUCGUAACAGAGACCCCAACCCCGACCCCCAUCACCACCACCACCACGACCACCACAGAGACCCCAACCCCAACACCCACCAUCAUAACAGAGACCCCAACCCCGACCCCCACCAUCUCAGUGACCCCACCCCCAACACCCACCACCACUAUUAGCACGGAGACCCCGAUCCCUACAAGCACAACACCUGUGCAUGAGACCACCACGCCUGAGUCCUCCACCCCGUCAACCUCUCAGUCCACCGUACCCUCUUCCACGGAAUCAAGCACGCUUCUGACCACCAUUCCAACAAUUGUGGAGACAUCCAGCAUGCCUUCACCGACCACGGAAACGAAACCAACAGUCACUACCACAGGAGGCACCACGCCCGCUCCUCCACCCACUCCAGGAACACAGACCUCAGGUCCUACGACUUUGAAGACCACUCCCACCAGUGGGACCACGACUGGACCCCCCUCGCCCACCACAAGACCCCCUUCCACACCCACACCCACUCCCCUGACUGCGUCCACCACCACCACAGGAACCCCCACCCCAACAGGAAGCUCCUCCGCCACGCCCCCUCUACCGUCCACACCACAGACCUUCUCAACCAGCGUGCCCAUCCCCACGACGAGCCCGAUCGCUACCCCCAGCACCGGCGAGAACAUGGUCACCAGCCCCAUUAUCACAUGCUGUGUUUUGAAUGACACACACUACAUCCCAGGUGAUGUGGUGUACAAUGGCACCCACGGAGAAACAUGCUAUUAUGUGAACUGCUCGCUGAGCUGCCAGUUGGAGUUCUUCAACUGGUCCUGCCCGUCCACACCUUCCCCAACACCCACACCCUCCAAGCCAACACCCUCUUCCACGCCAAGUCCAUCCACGCCGACCACACGGCCGUCCACAGCAUCGAGCACGCCGACCUCCACCAAGCCCCCUGGGUGCCCGAACUUUGAUCCUCCCAGACAGGAGAACGAGACGUGGUGGCUGUGUAACUGCACCAUGGCUGUCUGUAAGCAUAACAACACUGUGGAGCUCGUGGAGGUGGAGUGCAACCCCCCGCCCAUGCCCACCUGUUCCAACAACCUCACGCCGGUGCGAGUCAUGGACCCCGAUGGCUGCUGCUGGCACUGGGAGUGCGACUGCUACUGCACAGGCUGGGGUGACCCCCACUACGUCACCUUCGACGGGCUGUACUACAGCUACCAGGGCAACUGCACGUACGUGCUGGUGGAGCAGAUCGAUCCCAAGGUGGACAACUUUGGGGUCUACAUCGACAACUACCACUGUGACAUCAACGACCAGGUGUCCUGCCCCCGCACGCUCAUCGUGCGCCACGAGACCCAGGAGGUGCUGGUCAAGACAGUGCACAUGGCACCCAUGAAGGUGCAGGUGCAGGUGAACAAGCAGGCUGUGGCAUUGCCCUACAAGAAGUACGGGCUGCAGGUGUACGAGUCAGGCAUCAACUAUGUGGUGGACAUCCCUGAGCUGGGCGCCGUCAUCUCCUACAACGGCCUGUCCUUCUCCAUCAGGCUGCCCUACCGCCUGUUCGGCAACAACACCAAGGGCCAGUGUGGCACAUGCACCAACAGCACCGAGGACGACUGUGUGCUGCCCAGCGGGGAGGUGGUGUCCAACUGUGAGGUCGCAGCUGACGAGUGGGUGGUCAAUGACCCCUCCAAGCCGCACUGUCCCCACACCACCUUCACCACCAGGCGUCCAGCCACCACGCCCUCAGGGGGCAGCGGCCACACCCCAAACAAGGACUGUGCGUCUCCUCUGUGCGAACUCAUCAAAGACAGCCUGUUUGCUCAGUGCCACUCCCUGGCACCCCCCGAGCACUACUACGAGGCCUGCCGGUUCGACAGCUGCUUUGUACCCAACUCGGGCAUGGAGUGUGUCAGCCUACAGACCUAUGCGGCCCUCUGUGCCCAGGAGGGCGUCUGCGUUGACUGGAGGAACCACACCCACGGGGUCUGCUCCAUGAGUUGCCCGUCUCACAAGGAGUACCAGGCCUGUGGUCCUGCGGAAGAGCCCACCUGCAAGUCCAGCUCCUCGCAGAACAACACCGUCCUGGUGGAAGGCUGCUUCUGCCCGGAGGGCACCAUGAGCUAUGCCCCUGGCUUUGAUGUCUGCGUGAAAUCAUGUGGCUGUGUGGGACCGGACAACGUGCCCAGAGAGUUUGGGGAGCACUUCGAGUUCGACUGCAAGGACUGUGUCUGCCUGGAGGGUGGAAGCGGCAUCGUCUGCGAGCCCAAGAAGUGCACGCAGAAUUCCCCCAAGUGCACGGAGGACGGCACCUACCCGGUCACGGAGGUCGACCCUGCCAACACCUGCUGCAACAUCACCACCUGCAAGUGCAACACCAGCCUGUGCAAGGAGAAGGCUCCCCUGUGUGCUCUGGGAUUUGAUGUGAAGAGCGAGAUGGUACCAGGAAGGUGCUGCCCCGUGUACUCCUGUGUGCCCAAGGGCGUGUGUGUUCUUGAGAACGCCGAGUACCAGCCCGGCUCUCCAGUCUACUCCUCCAAGUGCCAGCACUGCGUCUGCACCAACACCACGGACAGCGCCACACAGCUCAACCUCGUGUCCUGUAGCCAUGUGCCCUGCAACACCACCUGCGACAUUGGCUUCGAGCUCGUGGACGCCCCUGGGGAGUGUUGCCGGAAGUGUGAGCAGACCCACUGCAUCAUCAACAGGCCCGAUAACCAGCACUUCAUCCUGAAGCCCGGUGACAUGAAGAGUGACCCCAAAAACAACUGCACCUUCUUCAGCUGCGUGAAAAUUCACAACCAGCUCAUCUCAUCCGUCUCCAACAUCACCUGCCCCGACUUUGACCCCACCACCUGCCUUCCGGGCUCCAUCACCCUCAUGCCCAACGGCUGCUGCAAGAAAUGCAUCCCUCGCAAUGAGACCAGGAUCCCCUGCUCCACCAUCCCCAUGACCAAGAUAGUCACGGACGCUGGCUGCACAGGCAAAAUCACCACGAAUUACUGCUCUGGGUCCUGCGGGACCUUUGCCAUGUACUCGGCCGAAGCACAGGCCCUGGACCACAAGUGUUCCUGCUGUAAGGAGCAGCGCACCAGCCGGCGGCAGGUGGUGCUGAGCUGCCCGGAUGGCAGCUCCCGGAGCCACACCUACACCCACAUCGAGAGCUGCCUGUGCCAAGACACGGUGUGUGAGAUCCCGCUGGCCCAGCGCAGGGUCCCCAGCCGUGGUCGGCGCUCCAGCUCCCAGGUCCUGCGUCCAGGGACGGCCUGAGCAGGGCGUCCCUCCUGCAUCCUUUCACCUGCUGACCCUCUGAAUUUCUUCCCCUCCUAAACUUCCUCUCUGAAGAUAUUUAUUUUCUGAGCCUUUGUUCAAUUCUUUGCUUUUCAAAAUAAACUCAGGCAGAGACGCA